AUAUUUGGUAGGGAAUAAGGGAAAGUCUUCGAUGAAACUUGAUUCAUUAUAUAAAACGGUCUUCAUUUAAUUUGAUCGAUCACCACCAACCCCUAUUUGCUAAUUCUGUGAAUUAAACAUGGAGAAACCGAUUCCGAUACGUUUACCGACUAUUGAACCGGCAUAUGCUCCGUUGAUAGGGUCGCCGGCAUCUCAAGGUCAAUGGUCUACCGGUCUUCUUGACUGCACCUCAGAUGUCCCUCAAAGCUGUCUAACAUGCUGGUGUCCAUGCAUUACUUUCGGGCAAAAUGUUGAGAUAAUUGAUAAAGGAUUAUCAUCAUGUGGGGUGAGUGGAGCUUUGUACGGCAUUAUUGGAUUUAUAUCGGGCUUCCAUUCAAUUUAUGCAUUCGCCUAUAGAACCAAGCUCAAACGACAAUUUGGGAUUACAGCAAGUCCAAUUGAAGAUUUGUGUACGCAUAUUUGGUGCCACCCUUGUGCCUUAUGUCAAGAGCAUCGUGAGCUUGAACACCGUGGUUACGACGUUCCACUUGGGUGGUACGGUAACUUGGAGAAGCAGAACGGGGGAAUGAGAAUGGUUAAUCCUCCUAUGGUGCAUGAUGGGAUGACUCGUUAGUCAAAGGUGAUGAUGCAUCUGCUAUUGUGAUCCAAUCCAGCUUUAAGUACAUUGUGGUUUUAGCUGAUUUUAAUUUAUGUACCAAAUUAUAUUUCCAGUAAGUUCCUAUGUUUAUUAUGCUGUAAGGGUUUAAGUUUUUGAACCCUAAUUUCUACGUAAUGUAAUUAUGUACUUGUAUUUUGAUUAUAAAUUUAUGAUAUAUGGAUAUUUUGUGACA